AUGGAAGCUGCGGGACUCAUGAAUAAUUAUCCAUAUCUGGUUAUUCGUGGAAUCUGCGACUAUGCCGACUCGCAUAAGAAUAAGCAAUGGCAGGGUUAUGCCGCCGCCAGUGCUGCGGCAUAUGCCAAAGAGCUUCUUUUAGUGACCUCGUUUGCUUAUAUCGAUCAAACACCACCAGUGCCUUAUCCUCCGUUUAGUCCUGAGCCACUACGGGAGCCUUAG